GGAGGGAGAGAGAGUGAGAGAACGCAGCGGAAUCCCGUAUCCUACUCCGGCUCCAUGUUUUCCGGCGAGCCAGGCUCUGUGGAACUCAUCGCCAGCCCGUUCCUUCCCCACUGCUGCAGUAGAGAAUCUAACGCUCUCCUGCAAAGUGGUCCUGGGGAAAGCACAGCAUCCUGAGCUCUUUUUUUCUUUCUUCCUCUUUCUUUUUUCUUUCUUUCUUUCUUUCUUUCUUUAUCCCUUUCUCUGUGUUCUGGGGGCUUGGAUAAAAAGAAAAGAAAAGCAAGAUCUGGCAGCAGACCCUGUUCAUAUUUACAGGAAGCCAGGAAGACAAUCCUCUUUCAUGAUUAUUUUGUGCUUUUCUGUCACUGCAUGAGGAAAAGGCAUCCCAUGUAAUCAGAUGUCCCCAUCAUAUAGACACCCUGCCAGAGUCACAGUGCACACUGUGUGGUGAACCUGAAGACCAGCAGUAUUCAUGGUGCUCUUCUCAGCACUUCGAUGAAGACAGAUACUCUUCCCCGCCACCUAGGAACAUGAAGGGUCUAUCCGGCAGCCGCCCUCAACCCCAGAUCACCGCCGGGCACACCUGCGGCUUGCCCGAGUGCGAGCACCCGCACGACUACGGGCACCAUGGCCCCGACCCCCGGUCGCCGUCCUACCUGCUCAGCCCCACGGAGAGCUGCCCCAUGGAGCACCACCGCUGCUCCCCGCGCAGCUCCAUCCACUCCGAGUGCAUGAUGCUGCCCGUCGCCGUGGCCACGGACCACGUCUCCAGCAGCACCUUCCCCAGGAUGCACUACAGCUCCCACUUCGACGGGGCGCGGGACGACUGCACCGCCUCGCACGCGUCCGGCGGUGGCGGGGGCGGGGGCGGGGGUGGCGGCGGCGGCGGUGGUGGCUGCGGAGGGAAGAUGAACCGCAUCCCCGCCAACCUGCUGGACCAGUUCGAGAAGCAGCUGCCGCUCCACCGCGACGGCUUCCACACGCUGCAGUACCAGCGCACCUCCACCACCGAACAGCGCAGCGAGAGCCCCGGCCGCAUCCGCCACCUGGUCCACUCGGUCCAGAAGCUCUUCACCAAGUCCCACUCGCUCGAGGGCUCGUCCAAGACCAACGUCAACGGCCUCAAGGGGGACGGCAACAGCCACCACCACGGCCACCACCACCACGGCCACCAAAAGCACAGCAAGAGGAGCAAGAGCAAGGAGCGCAAGGCCGACGGCAAGCACCGGCCGGCCACCGGCUGGUGGAGCUCCGACGACAACCUGGACAGCGACUCCACGUACCGGACGCCCAGCGUCAUGAGCCGUCACUACGGCGACCACGUCAUCGGCCACUGCUACCCCGACUCCAUGCAGGGCCAGUUUGGGGACCUCACCCUCAAGACCUCCAAGAGCAACAACGACGUCAAGUGCUCUGCCUGCGAGGGCCUGGCCCCUGUGGCCCCCGAGGGGAAGUUCAUGAAAAGGAGCUCCUGGUCCACGCUUACCGUCAGCCAGGCCAAGGAGGCCUACCGCAAGUCCUCCUUAAACCUGGAGAAACCCAUGAUGCAUCAGGACCUGAAGCCAUCCCUGAGGCCCUGCCAUUACCUGCAGGUGCCGCAGGAUGAGUGGGGGGGUUACCCGGGGAUCAACAAAGACGAGGAGAUCCCCUGCCGGAGGAUGCGGAGCGGGAGCUACAUCCAAGCCAUGGGGAACGACGACAGCGGGGAGUCCGACACCAGCCCCAAGACCUCGCCCCAAAAGGCCAUUCGCCCAGACGCCCUCAUAAAGUCUGUCAUGCAGAGGCCCCUCAUAGACCCCCAAAGCUUGUGGCGUGUGGAAAAAAAGAAUGGAGACGUGUCAGGGUACAUUACAAAUUUUGCAGCAGACCUAAGUCAGAGCUCCCACCUGCACACUGCUAGAGACCUGCACCCCAGUGUCACCCUGGACCCGUCGGUGAACUGCAACUCCCCCAAGUUCCGGUCCCGAAACCAGAGCUACAUGCGAGCGGUCAGCACCCUCAGCCAGGCUAGCUGUGUUAGCCAGGUGAGUGAAACCGAGUUCAAUGGGCAGUUUGAAUCGGUGUGCGAGUCCGUUUUUAGCGAAGUGGAGACGCAGGCCAUGGAGGCGCUGGAUCUCCCCGGCUGUUUUCGAACCCGGAGCCACAGCUACCUCCGUGCCAUCCAGGCCGGCUACUCCCAAGACGAUGACUGCAUACCUUCCAUGACGUCCUCCACGGUCACCUCCACCAUCAGAUCUACAACAGGGAUCCAGUUUCGCCUCCCUUCACCCUGCAGUGUGGAGCAGACCACACAGCAGCCUCCAGCGAUAACAUACACGCCCAGUUAUAAGAAGACUCCUCCCCCCGUCCCGCCCCGCACCACCUCCAAGCCGCUCAUCUCCAUAACGGCCCAGAGCAGCACAGAGUCGACGCAGGACGCCUACCAGGAGGGCCGGCACCCCCAGGGGGCGCCGUGGACCCAGGACAGCCUCGGAGAGGGGCUGUACAACUCCACCGACAGCCUGGACAGCACCAAGGCGGUGACCAUCGCCAUGGAGAUGGCGGCUAGCAACCGCCACCCGUCGACGGACAGCCACAGCUCGGUGCUCACAUGCGACAAGGCCGUCCUGGUGUCCAGGGCCGAGGAGUACCUCCAGACCCCGCGCUCGUCCAUCGGCAUCCAGGUGGAGACAGCGACAGAUCCAGAGCCAGAAAACAAACGUCCCACAGAAUACCAUUCUAUAGGGAUUCAAGUGGAGGACGAGAAAAGGCUGGGCCGCUUCAAGCGCUCCAACAGCGUGACGACGGCGGUGCAGGCGGACCUGGAGCUGGAGGGCUUCCCCGUGGCCACGGAGGACAAGGGCCUGCAGUUCGGCGGCUCCUUCCAGCGCCAGCAGCACUCGGAGCCCAGCACGCCCACGCCCUACGGCGUGGUCCGCACCGUCCGCACGCAGGGCCUCUUCACCUACCGCGACGACUACCGCGCGCCCGCCGAGCCCCCCAGCCCCCAGCGCCCCGAGCCCUGGCUGGCCGACACGCCCCAGGAGGCCGCCGACACCGGCCGCGCCUCGCCCGCCCGCCGCGACGGCAGCUGGUUCAUGCAGCUGCUCCACACCGAGACCAAGAAGAUCGAGGGCUGGUGCAAGGAGAUGGAGAGGGAGGCCGAGGAGAACGACCUGGAGGAGGACAUUCUCGGUAAAAUCCGGAGCGCGGUGGGAAGUGCUCAGCUCCUCAUGUCUCAGAAAUUCCAGCAGUUUUACUGGCUGUGUCAGCAAAACCUGGAUCCCAGUGCCAUGCCCCGCCCCACAUCUCAGGACCUGGCUGGAUUCUGGGACCUGCUGCAGCUGUCCAUUGAUGAUGUCACCACGAAGUUCGACAAACUGCAGCACAUCAAGAAUAACAAGUGGAUGCCCAUCGAGAGCCCUGAGAAGAAGAAGCCGCCACCCCCCGUACCAAAGAAGACCCUGAGGGGGAAGUCGGUGACCCGGGACAGGUCUCUGGACCUUCCGGACCGGCACCGGCAGGAGGCCCGGCAGCGGCUGAUGGCGGCCAAGCGGGCCGCCUCCUUCCGGCAGAACUCUGCGACCGAGCGCGCGGACAGCAUCGAGAUCUACAUCCCCGAGGCCCAGACCCGCCUUUGAGAACAGAGACACUGCGGCGCCCCCGCAACCCUGUCUAGUUUAAUUCCCCACCACCCUCCACCCCAACCAAACAUCCCAAAAAUGUUUUUUUUUUUUUUUUUUUUGUCAUUUCAUACAGCUAGAGCAACUUUGCGUUCACUACAGCCAUAAUGCAGAAAGGAGAUGUUUAUCUACUCUCCCCUCCUCCUUCCAGUAAAAUAUACUGACUGCCCCCUCUUACCCUUAUAUAUAUAUAUUAGUAUAUAUCUACUGUAGCAGUUAGUUUUUUUCUUGCCGUGGAUUUAAAACUGGUUUUACGGGAAAGAGAUGGUUAUAAAGGGAAUCCCUGUGCUUUAGAUCUAUAGUGCUACCAUUCCUGGGGUGUUAACCAAGCCAUGAUGGGGUGUGUGCGUCAAAUGCUUCAGAUUUUUCUAUCAAAGGCAAUCACAAAGUGCAACUUGAGAAAACAAAAACCCACCAGCAGCAGUGGUAUUUGGCUAACUCCUGAGAGCCGUGAGCUCGCUUCCAGGGUCUGAGGUGGAGGUCAGAAAUCAUGACUCCAUACUAGGCUUCUUUUUUUUUGUUUGUCUGUUUGUCUGUUUUUUUUAAAAUAUCACCUCAUACUUUGACGGUUUCUCGAAUUCCCUCUUGUUUGUGAUUCUGUCGGACUCGUCCCCGGCUGUGUAAAAUCACACCGUGGCUGGAGUACUCCUUCCUAAAGGAAACGACAAAAAAAAGUGCCAAUGCUUGAAAUACCUCAAUCGUGCAUGCAGUGCCAUAGCUCGCAGCUGCGAGAGAAGCAAUCGCUUCUGAAUCGAUCUCUGGUCGCCUCUGUAAGCCCUUGCUCGGAAACCGUUGGGAAAUGCGGCUUCCCCUGAUCCAAUUCCGUAGAAGAACAGGAUAACAGGUGAUGAUCUGAUCGAUGCCGUUAGAUUUGGGCUGAAAUAGACCAGAAUUGUCCCAACAUUUAAGGCUCCCGCCAUCUUGAGCGUUUAUUUCCACUGAAAGUCCUCCAUACAGUAUUCUCAGCAUAGUUUGAAGCAGAACCAUUGCUGCAAGAGCCAUACUGUGCCAACUGUUUGUUUUCUGUUGUCUUUAGUAAUCAAGCUUUUGGAAAAGGGGGGGGGGGGGUGAUUGAGUACAAAUUGUGUCUUAAAGCACCCCGAGGCAGUUACACACAAUUUUGAUAAUUCUGAUCAUUUCCAAGGGAAACACGUGCACAUUAUGAUGCUCAUUUUUUUACAUCUGACUGGCUGAGGUUAGAAAGUGAUUUUCAUUUACUUAUUGAUUUUGGCUCUACCUUAUUGACUGGGUUUACGUGCUCUGCCCAUGUACCCUACUGUAUUCAAAUAAUGGAUUUUUUCAGAAAUACAAUACAACACAUGGACAUUUCCUUUCAGAAUGUAAGAUGAUAAUAUCAUGUACAUUAUCACAUUAUAAUGUAUGCAGUGAUUCAAAAUGGUACUAUUGGAUAUCGUGAUAGUGUUAUGAUAUUGGUCAUGAACUGAAAUAUGCUGUCAUGACUGGGUAAAAUACUGUAGGUGUCGUGCAAUGCCUGUGACAAGGAUAUUUAGGUUGUGUGAGUUAGAGUCCAAGUGAAGUUUAACUUAAAAUUCUUUCAGAGAUUAAUUUACUUCUUGUGUCCUUGUGUCCUUGUGUUUGAGUCAGGCAGAUUUGUUCAAUCAAACUGACCAUUGAAAGAGCUCACAUUCAAUUUAUCAAUGUUUCUUUUUAAGUACAUUUUUUUCUUAUUUUGAGAAACUUAGAGUUCUUCGGGCACAAUGUCAGAUAUUCAGUACUUUAAGGCAAUCCAUGUUUAAAUGGAUUGGUAGCUUUCUGGGUUUUAAAAAUUUUACUUCAGUGUUUUUGGCUAAAUAUCUGAAUUUCCAUUCAUUACACACACAAAGGCCCAAUUGAAAACUGACAUUAAAACUGAAGUAGUAUAUUUUUAAAAACCCAGAAAGUGGUAUUUAACAUCAGGAGAAAACUGGGAAACUGGUCUGUAUAUUGGCUAGCAAAAGGAAAAAUGGCAGAAGAGGACACAGAAUUUCAUCUUCAGUAGUUGCUAUUUUUUUCAGAUCCCUCUCUAAUAACAUUUUCCUGUAACUUUAAUUAUCAAUUAAAUGUAAUUGGUACACCUUUUUUUUUCCUUCACAAAAUGGUUCAGUGAUCACCAAAAUCUACUCGCCAAACUGUGAAGAAAAAAUAUUUCACUUGUGCGUAUUUGCAAAUGUCAUUUACAGGCUGGUGUUGAUUGAAUCCAAGCCUAUGUUUCCUAGAGGGAGUUUGGGGAUUUCUCACCCAUGAGGACGUACAGCACGGCCAAUGUUCAGAAAACACUAAAAGAGGUUAGUGUUUCGUCCUCAUGGGUGAGAAAUUCCCACCCAUGUUUGGUGACAUGAUAUUCUAUAUGUCAUAUUAUUAUAUUAUAAGCUUAUUUAUUUGAAAAUGAAAAUGGUGCUAUAAAUGAGAGAGCCUUAGGAAAACAACCUGAGCCACACAGACGUUCUAGUGGGAGGAUUAGUCUGUUUGGUGUGUCAUUGCAUCUUUAAAUUAUUCAUUUGGGGAAGCAAACACACAAGAAUUUAAUUUGCUUAGAAAUGAUCUUGCUCACAUCCGUGCAGUCUGUCUGAUUAGUCUAUGAAGAUCCAGCAUGGCCACCACGUAUAAAGGAGGGAAGUGGCUUAGUUGCAUUUCAGUGGACACAAGUCACUGCACACACUUUCUGGACACUGGCAGUGACAGUAGUGUUGUAUCACAAAACCUCUCGCAAACACAACGUAGCCUACUGGAAAACAGUAAGUUAGGCUAGUUGAGUAUUGGAUUGAAGCUCAUAACUGGUGCUACACAAAUCCUAAAAUACUGAUGUGACAGUGAUAUAGUUUUGCCUAUCGGCUAACACUCACUCACGUUUUUUACAUCUCAAGUGUCCACAGAAUCAGCACAAGCUGUAAUCAGAAAUAAGCCUUGACUCAUUUAAUAUUUGUCCCUAUCUUUGACUCAAAGGAAUGGGUUGGCUGAACAUUUAUACUGAACUUUGACUCAAAAACAAAUGCAUUUCUUUUUUCCUUAGUAGUUGGCGAGUUUAUUUUGGUGAUGUCUGAACAUGCUAAACAAUGUCAGCAAAGAGUAAAACAACCACUUGGGUUUAGUUGUGAGACGAAUGCUGGAUUAAAUCCAGGCUGACGACUUAAUUUUCCAUUUAUAGUUUCGACCUUCAGACAACCCCGAAAGGACCUCACAAAACUGUGUUUGUACAAGUCGCUCAGAUUUUGUAAAUUAAAGUUACAGGCAAAUGUUAAUCACAUCCAGGCAAUACUGUAGGAAAUGACACAGAAAGCAGGAGUUAUCUGGAGUUAAUGAGGAGAACAAAUAGGCAAUCAAAGGUUCAUAGCUGCAGGCAGCGGUAUUAUGAAUAAUUAAUUUGUUUGGAAAGCUUUGAGUCAUCGGUUCUUUUUUGUGGUUAAGUUUGAAAUAUCAAGCGUUUGAGUGUUAUGGCCCAUAUCUUGCAUUGUUUUGUAUUACAUCAAUGUAGUUCUGAAAAUGAUUUGA